GAACUGAAUGAUCUGCAGCGAGACCCGCCAGCCCACUGUUCUGCUGGACCUGUUGGAGAUGACUUGUUUCAUUGGCAAGCAACAAUUAUGGGACCUGUUUGUACAGGUCACAAAGAUGUUGUGUGUUUUAAAACUCCCUGAUGCCAUCAUGAUGAACUAUGUUGGAAAAUCCUACUCUUUGCGUCUGCAAAGAGAAACCACUGCUUAAGCCUGAUAGUGCAUAUCAAGGGGGAGUGUUUUUUCUCACAGUACACUUUCCAACAGACUAUCCUUUCAAGCCACCAAAGAUUGCUUUUACAACAAAAAUAUACCACCCGAACAUAAACAGCAACGGGAACAUUUGUCUUGACAUCCUGAGAUCGCAGUGGUCACCAGCUCUGACUGUGUCGAAAGUUUUAUUGUCCAUAUGCUCCUUACUUUGUGAUCCUAAUCCAGAUGAUCCUCUAGUACCGGAUAUUGCACAGAUCUACAAGUCAGACAAGGAAAAAUACAACAGACACGCGAGAGAAUGGACUCAGAAAUAUGCAAUGUAGACUUGGGAAGACUUUUUCAUACACCACAGAGUACUGUAAAUUCUAGGGAGUUUCCCAACAUCUGGAGGAAACGGAGCGCAGGUGACUGUUUCAAUACGUCAUGAUGUCCCUUGAGUUGUUCUCACCCAUGUGUUUCUGGAGCGAGGGAGAGCAACCUUCCAAAAAUAACCUGGUGACUGUGAUAGGAAUAUUUAUCCUCUUUGUAUGCUUUGCAGAAGACAUUUUUCGUGGUUUUUAAGAGUUGGACAUCUGCAUCUUCAGACUGCGAGAUCCGUAACGCAGUUGUAAAGCAACCCAGUU